AUGAAUAAAUUAAGACCACGUAAUAAAAUUUGUUUUCAAAAUAAUAAAAAUAUUCAUGCAAAUUUAAAUAUAACAAAAUUAAAAAAAAAAAAAUGGCAACUUUUAAAAAAUAAUAUUUUUAGAAAAACACGUAAACUUGAUUUUAUAAAAUUUCAAGUAAAAAUGAAAAAAGAAUUAAAAAAAGCUUUUAAAACUAGUUAUAAACCAAAUAAUAAUACUUCUAUUUUAUCUUUAUUAAAAAAAAUUAAUCAAUUUAAAAGACCUGAAAAAAAACAAAAAUUAUAUAAAGAAAGAUUAUUUGCAAAACAACAAUUUAAAAAUUUUUACGGUUGUAUUCCUGAAUAUCAAUUAAAAAAUUUAUUUAAUUAUUUGAAAAAUAGAAAUAAUAAUAAUAAUAUUAUACAUAAAUUUAUUAUUGUUUUAGAAAGUCGCUUAGAUAUGAUUGUUUUUAGAUCAAAAAUUGCCAAAACAAUUUUUUGAAGCAAAACAAAUAAUUAAUCAUGGUAAAAUAAAAGUAAAUAAUAAAAUAAUAACUUCUUCUAAUUAUAUUUUAAAAAGAGGGGAUAUUAUAACAUUAAAUAACUUUAAAAUUUUAAAAAAAUUCUAUUAUUUAAAAAAAAAAAAAAAUUUUCAAAAAUCUUAUGAAUUAAUUAAAACUAUUCGUAAAAAUAAAGUAAAUUAUAUACAAUUUAAUAAUAAAUAUAAUAUAUGUAUUUUUUUAAGACAACCUUUAUUUAAAGAAAUUAAAUAUCCAUUUGAUUUAGAUUUAAAAUUAGUUGAUGAAUUUUUUAA